UGAAUCCAUAAUGUCAAACAGAGCGCGACUGUUGGUGGAACUAGCUCGAAAUUCAGCAUCUAGUGCAGUAGCCUCUCACCAAGUGCCCAAAGACGAUAACAUUAACAAUUUUGCGACCCAAUUGAACGAUGCAUCAGAUCCUCAAAGAACAGAGAGCAUGGUUCAAGUGUCAGUUCAAGAUCUAUUAGGAAAUGCAGAAUUGGUAGAUAAUCCAAUUUUAACAGUCCUAGAAGUGGCAGAAAUCCCAAAAGAAACAUCGCAUUCCAAAACUGAUGAAAAGUUAUAUUAUUUGGAACAAAACACAGAUUCUGAUAGUGGUAUUGUACCAAUAAUUGACUAUCAGGAAGAAGUUGUAGCAGAUAAAGAAGAGGUCCAUGAUGCAACUUCAGAUACUGAAAGACAUUCAGAACCAGAUCCAUUUCAGGAAAGUGGCAGCGAGUAUCUGCCAACAGAUACUGACUCAGAAAAUAGUUUAGGAAACGAAAACGUUGAAAACCAAGGAGGUGGAAACCAAGAAGAUCGUCGGUCACCGGAUGGAAGAACAAAAAAACGUAAGAGUAAAGGGCAAAGAGAUCCAUCGCAAUGGAAACGAGCAAAAAAUUCGCAAGCGAGACUUAAAGGCCAUGCAUACAUGGGAUUUCAGAAAAAUACUGGAGGCAAGUACCAGCAAACAGUCUGUAGAGUUCAGCGCAAAGUAAAGCCGUCAUGUGGGGGACACAAAAAUGACUCUAAGGGACCACAACAAAAAUUUGAAUGUUUGCAAAUUACAAAUGAAAUGCGUAAUCAAAUAUUUCAAUCUUUUUGGGAAAUUAGUUCUUGGGAAGAUAAUCCAGAGUCUACCAAAAAAUAUCACGUAUGCAAGAAAAUGUUUUUAGCCACUUUAGGUAUUGGAGAAAGAUGUGUAAGAGAAUGGGUUUUAAACAAAUGUUUACCAAAUAUGGAGCUAGGUAUUGAACCGGCUUUAGUAGAGCCACCUCAGGAUUCCGAAUGCACAAAAAAUGUUAAUCAAUUCUUAGACAGCUUGCCUAAAGUUGAAUCGCACUACUGUCGAGCAUCCACUAGGAAACUUUAUUUGGAACCCACUUGGAAUAGUUACAGACAUUUGCAUCAUUACGAUAGUCACGUUGCCAAGAAAGAACAGGCACGGUCAGAAAAAGAGCAAGACAAACAAGAAGCUAUCUCAUCAGAGGCAGGAAACUCAAAGUAUGUCUACACUAUGGACUUACAAGCUGUUCUUCUUUGUCCUUUUACCCAAGCCUCCGCCAUGUACUAUAAACAAAAACUGAAGGUUCACAACCAAACAUUUUUUAAUCUUAAUAACAAAGAUGUGUCUUGUUAUUUAUGGCACGAGGGAAAUGGAGGUUUAGACAGCGAUGUUUUUGUUUCCAUUUUAGUAAAGUUUCUUAAUGAAGAGAUAGAAAGGCAGAGCCCGAAGGUAAUAAUCCUAUGGAGCGACGGUUGUACCUACCAAAACAGAAAUGUGAAUUUGUCAAAUGGUUUGCUGGAGAUAGCCAUGGAAAAAAAUAUUAUUAUUGAACAAAAGUACCUGGAGGUAGGACAUACCCAGAUGGAGGUGGAUUCAGUCCAUAGUGUAAUAGAGAGAAAGCUGGGAAGAAGAAAUGAUAUAGCUGUUCCCGCCGAUUAUAAUAAAAUUAUAAGAGCGGCCAGGCAAAACCCAUCCCCUUAUAAAGUAGUGUCUCUGCAUUUCAACGAUUUUUUGCAAUACAAAAAAGGAAUGUAUUCACAAAUUCGACCUGGAAGCAAAAAAGGUGAUCCCUGUGUUACAGACAUUUGUGCAUUGCAGUAUCUUCCUGAAGGACUAAUAAAAUACAAAAUAAAUUUUUCGGAUGAAUGGCUCGAACUGCCACGUAGACCAUGUCGUACUAGAACUUCUUUCUCUCACGAACCUCUAUAUUUAUCUCCUCGCCAAAUUGAGGAUACAAAAUUCAUACAUCUUCAAGAAUUGAAAUCUGUCAUAGAAUCAGAUUACCAUGGAUUUUAUGACAAUUUAAAGCACAGCUGCAAGUCUGACCAAGUUUGUUCACAUAUCAAAAAUUAA